CGGAUGUAAGUGGCUGUCGGUCUCGUUGAGGGACUGGACCUGACCAAAGAGACACCACGAAACACUACGUAACCCGCUGCUGGGAAGCUCCAGUUUGUUUAUCGUUACCUAUCAUAAGCCGGAGCCACGACGACCUGCACGUUUUAAGACCCACGACCCACGCAACACACAUGCUAGGCUAUGGCUGAGCUGCAUAGAUUGCAUAAACCCUGGUGAUCCAGUAAAUGCAGUUUCCCCUUCCUCCUCUUUCCUCUCUUCUACUCUACUCUAGGUACUCUGGACAUUCAAGACAUUGCCGUCAUACGCAGGCCAAGAAUCAAUUAACCCCAAACCAAAGCGAAAACAUAAGCAGACAUUCGACGUCGACUUCGACUUCGAUCAAUGAACCAACCCGGGCGAUCUCCCGCAUGCUCCCUUGUUGUAGAGACCGAGUCUGUGGAUCCGACGAAGUGGGCAUAGCACUGUGUUCGCAUACAGUACUACAUACCGUAUCGAGUAGAGAGGCUGACGUGAUUGGUCCUUGGUCAGCUCAUCACCCCUGCCAACCACCGUCUUACGCCCAGAAUCUGGAAUUCCGAAGUACCGGGGCGACCCACCGACGCUCCUCCUCCCAUCUCGCUGUACUGCUGCAGAGUUGGAAAAGACCGGUUUUACGCUGGCCAGCGGUCGUUUUUCCUAGCAUAGUUUUAGCCUAUGUUAUUUGUUUUGAACCGUUGGGCUUUCGUGGGGAACCGGUCUGCAAAGCGAAAGCAAGCCGAACCUCCUUCUUUUCUCUUUGGGUUUUAUUUUAUUUUACCUUGGCUUCUUUUCUCUUCUUUCAUUUCUGGAAAUGACAAGAUAAGCCUUAUUCUGGAUCUUACGAUUUCCCUCUAGAAUUGUUUCUUUGCGCGCGCGAGAGCCCGUCGAAACAAUUUCUAAAGAAAAAGGGGGAAGAACACCCUAUUACCUAACUGCUAGCUUCGCCCAAUU